AUGAAGGUCGGCUUGUUCAUGUUCAAUCUCUUCUUUACGUUUCUGGGUUGUCUGUCAUUAAGCUUCAAUAACGAUCCUUCGCGGGCGCAUAUUUUGACUCGGCCUGCGGUUUCCGAAAUAUGUGGCGGAUUAGGGGUGUCUUUCAUGAAUGUAGGAAGCGGGAUUGGCUAUGUAGGGCGGUCUGAGCCAUCGGUUGAGCCACAAUGUUUCAGCUGUCACGACGGUGUAGUCACCCGUGGGUUCGGGCCCAACGAAGAGGAAAGAUGGAUUCUGGUUAAGGAUCUCGACCGAGGAUCCCAGUCGAACUCUGUUUAUUUCCGGGAUACUGCAGCUGAGUAA